GCUACAACCGCACGAAUCCGCUUUGAUCCUGUCAUCAUGAACGGUCACGGCUCCUGGGACGCCGCGGUGGAGUCGGCGGCGGACGCGAAGAAGAAGAAGGGUGGAGGCUUCCAGACCUUCGGUCUUGACAAGCCUCUUCUGGAUGCCAUCCUGAAACAGGGCUUCACCGUUCCCACGCCCAUCCAGCGAAAGGCUAUUCCGCCCAUGCUGCAGGGCAACGACGUGGUCGCCAUGGCCCGCACCGGCUCCGGCAAGACGGCUGCCUUCCUCAUCCCCGCGCUUCACCUUCUCAAGACGCACGCGAAGAUGGUCGGCAUUCGCUGCCUCGUGCUGUCGCCCACCCGCGAGCUGAGUCUGCAGACGCUGCACAACGCCUUUGCACUGAACAAGUUUAUGGACCUCCGCUUUGCCGCCCUCGUCGGCGGUGACUCGCUGGAUCAGCAGUUUGAGCUGCUCGCGUCGAAUCCAGAUCUGGUGGUGGCCACACCCGGGCGUCUGCUGCAUAUUAUGGAGGAGGCCUCGUUGCACCUCACCGCGGUGCGCUGCAUCAUCCUCGACGAGGCCGAUCGUCUUUUUGAGCUGGGGCUGCAGCCGCAGAUUGGUGCGAUUAUGCAGAAAAUUCCAGAGUCCUGCCAGCGGGCCCUCUUCUCGGCCACGAUGCCAAGCGUGUUGGCCGAGUUCACCAGCGCUGGCCUGCACAACCCCGUCAUUAUCCGCCUGGAUGCGGAGAUGAAAUUGAGCGAUCAACUGAAGCAGAGCGCGUUCCUCGUGCGCAACGAUGAGAAGAUCGCGGCGCUGAUUGUGCUGCUGAAGCGCAUCUUGCACGUCGGCGAGGCAUCGUCGAACAACGCGCAGGCGCUCAUCUUUGUGGAGUCGCGCUUUCACGUGGAGUUUCUGCAGAUGAUCCUAAACUCGUACGACAUCCCCGCCAGCGCGGUGCACGGGCAGAUGGACCAGGAGGCGCGCCGCCUCGCCGUGCGCAGCUUUGCGAAGCGGGAGACGAGCGUGAUGGUGGUGACGGAUGUUGCCGCACGGGGGUUGGACCUGCCGCUGCUGGACAACGUCGUCAACUUCUCCUUCCCCUUCAAUCCGAAGCUUUUUGUGCACCGCGUCGGUCGUGUCGCCCGCGCCGGCCGGUCCGGUACGGCCUACUCCAUCAUGACCUUCGAGGACUUCCCGUACUACGUCGAUCUCAUGCAGUUCAUUGGGCGACCACUGCAGUCUGCGGCGAUGUCCGGCGAUCUUCUUUUCACCCCCGACGACGGCUGCUACGGCCGGCUGCCGGAGGAGGAUAUUCAGUUGGAGCUGGACUUCCUGAAGCGUCUGCACGCAAAUGACGUGGAGGUGCGCAACAUGGCGAAAGUUGUUGAGAACGCGCACAAGAAGUUCAACCGCACCAAGAAGAAGCCGACGCACGAGGGUAUUCAGGAGGCACGUAAGCCGCAAUACGCGUUCGAUCAGACGCCUCUGCAUCCGCUGCUGUUGGAGCGGGUGGGCAGCACCCGCGUCCGCGCUGAUGCGGCUCGCUUUGACCUGAAGCGCUUCAAGCCAAAGGAACUCUUUCUCGAGAUGGGCACUAAGGAAAAGCUGUUUCAGAUUCGCAACCCGGAAACCAUGCAGUCGCUCUCGCGCGCCGCCAAGGUCGAGGAGGACGCGCACAACGUAGGCAGCCAUCAACAGCGCAGCUCCUCGUCGUCCGCCGCCGUUGGCGCAGCAGCUGCCUCAGUGCCGGAGAAGAAACUGUCGUUUGCGGAGCGCAUGUUGCAGCGCGCACAGGAGCGCAAGAAGCGCGAGCGCGACGGCAGCAACGCAGCGAACAGCGACGACGCCGUCAUGAGCCUGGUCACCCACCCGCGUCAGGCGGCGCUGGGCGGACGCGACGCGGACACGCUGGAGACGGGCGCGUACCGAGAUGAGAGCUUCUUCAUGAACGUGGAGCGCAUCGAGACGCUCGAGAACGCGCACUACUCCGUGAAGGACGCGACGAUGGAUAUCACGGCUGAGACGGCUGAGGAGGCGGCGCAGCAGCGGCAGGUGUUCGCGUGGAGUAAGAAGAAGAACCGCUACGUCAAGAUGCACGUCAACGAUGCCAAGGCACUGCUGAAAGGCGUGAAGAACGAGGCAGGUAAAGCGAUCAACUACAAAAACAAGCUGGACGCUUACUCCAAAUGGGUGAAGAAGAGCAACAUGCGCAUCCAGGACGUGGGCGAGGAGGAGGACUUGGUGCCGCUGAAGCGUGCCAAGGCGGCAGCGCAGUCGAUGCUGCCGCAGGAAGGGGAAGGCGAGGGCGACAGCGACUACGUGGACAUUAGCAACCCGAACCAAGGCAAGAAACUGCGCAUUGGUCGCAAGCAGAAGCGCCUGCCGAAGGACGGCCACGUGCGUUCGUUUGAAGAGAUGGCCGUGCUGAAACGGAAGGCGGAAAAGGAGAGGAGCCGGCUUGCACGCAAGAAGCAAAGCGGCGGUGGUAAGAAAAAGAAGUAA